UUUGUAGAUUAAGAGACUACUCUGACAACAUUUGUAUAGACUCUGAGAAUGUCAUCGUCAAUGUCAACUGCACCUGAACCUGAGCCUGAAAAUGGACAAACAUUCGUGCUGCAAGGGCUCGCUGAGAGCGCCAGCUCACAUGACUACGAGGCCGAUCCGGUGAAGCCAUAUGCUCCAGCUUUUCCUGCUGAUGACGACAAUAUUGCCAAUGAAUCAUUACACAGAACGUCCACCAUCCAAAAGAUCCAGAGUAGAGUGUCCUUCUUUAAUGAAAAGCUUAAAUCUGAAAGAAUGGGCUUAGCAUGGAAGUUCUUUACCAUUUAUGUAACCAUGGGAUUCUUUGUGUUGGGUAUUUUCACUAUAUAUUGGGGGUCCAUGUAUAACCGGAACUCUCGGUUGAAAAACUUGAGCAUGCUUGUUGUCAUUGAUAACGAUACCCCGGUCAAUGGACUCCCCACUAUUGGUGAUGGACUCAGAGAUCUCCUCCAGUCCAAGCCAGCCACGGAAUGGGGUAGUUGGAAGAUAUAUAACCGCGAAGAGUUUGGAGUCUUUGCCGAUAAGUAUAAUAAUACUAUAGAAGAACAGAUGCGUCGUGACGUUCACCAUCAAAAAUAUUGGUCUUCCAUCUAUGUGCGAGAAAAUGCAACUAUUAAUUAUUACAAUGCCUUAGCUUCCGGUGAUUCUUCGUAUAAUGUUACUGCCAACAGUAUUACGGUAAUUUACGAAACUGGCCGUGAUUUCCUUAACAUGAACCAAUAUGUCACCCCUUCAAUACAGAAGGUGGAAAAGGUAUGGUUAGCAAAGCAGUCGUCCAUCAUCGGACCGUUGGUGGAUAGUUUAAGCAAUACUCAAAAAUCAACAUUAUUUUCUCAAUCUAACUACUUGGACCUUGUUGCAACUCCGUUCAUUUUCCAAUACAAUGACUACAUCCCAUAUACAGACCCGGUAUUAGUGGCUCCUUCACAAGUUGGGUUGAUUUAUAUGAUUAUCUUAACGUUCUUCAAUGUGAAUUUCUUUAUGGAUGUACACAAAUCCGUGGCUCAAUUGAAGUUGAAAUCUCAUCACUUUUUGAUUUAUAGACUCCUUCUGUCCUUGAUUUCAUACGCAUGGUUGAGUUUAAUGUACUCGUUUGUAACCCUCUCCAUGCAAGUUGAUUUCACAGUAGCCUUUGGUAAAUCUGGGUUUUUGGUAUAUUGGAUGGUUUCAUGGGUUACUAUGUGGUGUGUGGGGAGUGUCAAUGAAGUCAUGGCCAUGGGUCUUCUGUUGGUUCAUCCUCCUCUCAUUGGAUUUUGGCUCUUGUUUUGGGUCAUUGUCAACAUCUCCCCAACAUUCACUCCCUUGGCUCUCAGUCCCAAGGUUUUCCGUUAUGGAUAUGCAUUGCCAUUACAUAACUCGUACGAAAUUACAAAGGUGAUUUUUUUCGAUACUUGGAAGGGAGAAUUGGGUAGAAAUUUCGGUAUUUUAGCUGCAUGGUCUGUCACCAUGAUCUUCGUCUUCCUAGGUAUGUGUGUACUUUUUGGGAAGACUAUGACCAAGAGAGCUAAGGAAGCCGCUGAAGCAGAACUAGCUUCAACAGCUUAAUUUAGAGAAAGAUUAAGAGAUUCAAUACUCUGUUAUUCUUUUAUUAUGAUUUUUAUUAUUCUUAUUAUUAUUUAAUUAUUACCUUUAUAGACCGAGCGAUCUUUUCGCUUUUUAAUGAGAAUCCCUUAUAUGAGUUGAUAAAUAUUUUAAACAAUGUAUCAAGUAGUACUCCUCAC